AUGCUAGUUUUACUCACCGCUUGUUUUCUAGCUAGAAAAUCAGUUUGCACACGACAAGCUCCACCAGUAAUUCUACAAGAUUCUAUGGGCGAUACGGUAGCCUUACUCGGACAAGAUGUAGAUUUCACAUGCAAAGUGGACAAUCUAGGCAAACACAUGGUAGCCUUCGUUCGAGCUAGUACACCGCCGAGGUUAAUCUCAUUCGAUGAAAAGAUUUUUCGACAAAAAGACAAGUACGAGCUGAAGCCUAAAAUGGGCCCGAUGAAUAAUGAAUGGAUUCUCACGGUUAAAAAUGUGCAGGAGACUGACCGAGGUAACUACUCAUGUCAAGUGAACGCUGAUCCAAUUUUAAGCUCGACAGCUGAACUGGAUGUCAAAGUGCCACCAGCCGUGUCACGAGGUACGCCGUCAGCUGUGGAAGUACGUGAAGGUCAUAAUGUGACGCUCACAUGCAAAGCGGAAGGCAAUCCGACGCCAUCGGUCGUGUGGCGACGCCAAGACAAACAGAUCAUCCGAUACAAUGGUGCUACCGGAUUUGGAGCAAGUGUAUUCCAUGGGCCAACCUUGCAUCUGACAAAAGUGAAUCGAAAACACAUGAGCGAAUAUGUCUGUGUGGCUAGUAAUGGAAUUCCACCGGAUGAGACAUGGACAGUGAAGUUACUAGUAACCUUUCCACCGAUGAUGCAACCGAAAGCAACUAGUGUACGAGUUCCACUGGGUGGUUUGGCGCGACUAGUCUGUACAGCUGAAUCAUGGCCAAGGCCAGAUGUUACAUGGGACAAGGAUGGUCAACAAAUUUUCGACUCGGAUAACUACGCUACGUCCCAAACCGUAUCCGGACAAUAUCACAGUGUACAUGUGCUUGAGAUUCGACGGGUGACUAAGGAGCAUUAUGGAAAUUAUCGAUGUACAGCUCGGAAUGAUAAUGGCAUUCAUUUUGCUGAUAUUGAUGUCGCAGAAUCCGAGCCAAAAUAUCUGUAUACAAAUGCCAUACAAGAAGGUUCUGGUUUAGUGAACAGUGAUGACGAGGAUUCAGAUAAAGACGUAGUCGACGAAGACGAUGAGGAUGCAGAAGACGAUCAAAGCGAUACGCAACCGAUUCGGUCGAUAUCGUAUCCAUCGCAAGUGACUCAAGUUUCCACCACAUCAAGUUCAGCAGAAGAGUUACGGCAAGACGAGUCGAAUUUGGCCCAUCAAAAACUGUUACUUGCCAACUUAUGUUUGAUAGGAAUUUUAAGGUUGUAUAUCAAUUAACUCGAUUGAGCCUUUGCCGUCAUUGUAUGAGUCUUUGUAAAUAUAAGUUAAACGUUGUGUUGAUUGAUCUCUAAAUGGCAUUCACUUAAUAUGAAAUAUUG